AUGAUUGAGGGAAUGGUGAAGGAUGGUGUUAUUGAACCUUCAUCUAGUCCAUGGUGUUCACCUGUGGUGCUGGUAAAGAAGAAGGACGGCAGCAUGCGGUUUUGUGUUGACUACCGCCGCCUGAACGACGUUACGAAGAAGGACAGCUAUCCCUUGCCUAGAAUUGAUGACACGCUGGAUAUGCUCACAGGCGUAAAGUGGUUUAGUACGCUGGACCUGAAAAGUGGCUACUGGCAGGUUGAAAUUGACCCUAAGGACAAGGAGAAAACUGCAUUUUCCACAGGAAAGGGUCUGUGGCAAUUUAAAGUCAUGCCGUUUGGAUUGUGCAAUGCUCCAGCAACGUUUGAAAGGUUGAUGGAGCUUGUACUUACCGGGCUAAUUGGAGAUGCCUGUCUCGUCUAUUUGGAUGACAUCAUCAUCGUAGGCCGUACAUUUGAGGAGCACCUUCAAAACCUGGAAUGCGUGCUCAUGAAGAUCCAGAGUGCCAACCUCAAGUUGAGUCCAAAGAAGUGCUCACUAUUCAAACGGCAAGUUAGUUUUUUGGGGUAUGUAGUGUCGGAAGAAGGUAUCCGCACGGAUCCAGAGAAAAUUGCUGCUGUCAAGGAGUGGCCGGUCCCAAAAGACAAGACACAGGUUAGAGCAUUUUUGGGUUUGUGCUCUUAUUAUCGGCGAUUUGUGAAGAACUUUGCAGAUAUAGCCAAACCUCUGCACAAGCUAACCGAGGAGAAGCGACAAUUCUGCUGGGAUGAAAGUUGCGAUAUUGCAUUCCAGGAGCUCAAGAACCGCCUGUGCAAAACACCUAUUUUGGGGUACCCUGAUGCGGGCAAGGAAUUCAUAGUUGACACAGACGCAAGUGAUAUAGGACUUGGCGGUGUGUUGUCUCAACGGAAUGGUGAUCAAGAGAUUGUGAUAGCGUACUUCAGCAAGUCGUUGUCACAGCCGGAAAGGAACUAUUGUGUCACAAGACGGGAAUUGCUUGCUGUGGUAAAGUCCUUGCAGCAUUUUAGCAAAUAUCUUCUAGGGCGGAAAUUCCACUUACGAACUGACCAUGCUGCACUGAAAUGGCUAUUGCAGUUCAAAAAUCCGGAAGGACAAGUUGCGAGAUGGAUAGAACUACUGCAGGAAUACGACUUUGUGAUCGAACAUCGCAGCGGGAAAUCUCAUGGCAAUGCAGAUGCAUUGUCAAGAAGACCUUGUCCUGAAGAUUGCAAGCAUUGUACUAGGCAAGAGGGUAAGGAAGUGGUAUCUGUGAGAAUGCUCAGGACAGACCAGCUCAGCAAUGAGUGGAAGGACAGCCUACAACAUGCACAGCAGGAAGAUUCGGACAUUAAGCCGAUUCUGGAAUGGAUAAAGGCCAGUGCUCCUAAGCCCAAGUGGAGCGACGUCUCAGCAAUGAGUUCGACCACGAAAAGCUAUUGGGCCCAAUGGGACAGCUUGCUGAUUCAGGAUGGAGUCCUGUGCCGUAAAUGGGAAAAUGGUCGGGGAGACAGGUGUCAUUUGCAAAUGGUUGUCCCUAAGGCUAAAGUGCCGGAUAUUCUACAGCUGUACCAUAGUGGUUGUUCAGGAGGCCACCUGGGAGUUAAACGAACUCUCCUGAAGAUCCGAGAACGGUUUUACUGGGUGCACUGUCGUGACGAUGUCGAGAACUGGUGCCGCAAAUGUACAAGUUGUGCGGCUGUAAAGGGACCUCAAAUUCGUAGUAGAGGCGCAUUGAAAUUGUACAAUGUUGGUGCACCAUGA